UGUUAUUUAAAUAUCGAACUUUCUCUAAACAAACACUAAAUUUAUGCAAGUUUUAUCAAUAAUUUAAAAGUCAAUACACACACACAUAACUGGCAGUGUGUCCCACAGCCAUAUGUGCAGCAAGUCACAUGGUACACCAAUAGUCCAAGGGUUCAUCUGUACGACUGAAUGAUGGACGAAUUUGAGCGACAAUCUCUGUACAACUGCCGACAUGAAUUUUACGACAAUGUAGAUAGUGACAAAUUUGUACAAAAACUACAGAACCAUGGUGUGCUUUCUGAAGGUCAAAGACAAAAAAUACAAAGAUGUAAAUCCAACAGAGAAAAGAUGGCCAACGUACUACAAACUGUGUCAUUUGGUAAUCAGGACUGUUAUCAAAACAUUGUGUCAAUAAUGAAAGAGGAGUAUCCCAUGAUAGCGAACAAAAUGGAACUGGAACUACUCAAAGAACGAACAAGUAAUUCACGAGAUGUAAACGAGAGUUUAAUCGAAAUUAUAAAUGAGCAACUUCUGCCUAUUGUUUAUGGGAAAGGACAGAGUAAUCAAGAAUAUUUCAGUUCAAAGCGUCCACAUUCUUCAGUAUCAAAACUAUCCGAGUUGAUUCGUCAGCUGCAACUUAGGUGUUUGAGAAUCCUUAACGUUAAACCUAGUGAAGCGAGGAACACAGCACUUCCCGUUUUAAUAAACAGAAAAAUUAAAGAACAACAGGAAGUAGUGAGACAAUUAAAGGAAGAAAUAAACGAGAUAAAAUCACCGAAAAAGAAAAAUCAAUCUUUACAUGAGGAGCUAGACGAAAUAAAUCUUGCAGAAAAGAUAUUCCAACUUAGAAAGGAGUUACAGGACCAGCAUGAACGAGUGAGACUAUUACAAUUGUCUGUUCAUUCGAAAGAAUCAACAGUUUUAGAUUUGAAAACAGAAAAUGCUAUAAUACAAAAUGAAAUACAGGACUUAAGGAAGCAAAGACCAUCCGGAAAAUUGCAAGUCAACCUUUUAUUUGACGACUGAACUUAGAAAGACGGCACGAUUGCCUUUAAUUGUUUACAUCCACUCCAUUUACAUUUUGGUGGAUAGUUAUCUCAUGGCAAUCAUACAACUUCUACUUAAUUUUAUAUAUCUAAUUAGGACCGGUUAAAAGAAACCCUUUUUAAAGUAUGAAAUCAAUACAGAUGUUAUUGUUUUGUGUUUUUGUUUGUUUGUUCGAAUUUAUAUGUGCUACCUGACCCAUAACGGAAUAUUCCUUAUACCGUAUUGACUUUAUACAACACAUUUUAUAAUAUAGAACCCUAUAGGGAAAACCAGAGAACUCCUUUUGUCUGAAAACACUGUCAAACAUCCAAACAUACUAUCCACACUGAUUUGUGUCCACACUUGUAACUUUAUAACAUAUUUUGAACUUUAAUAAGUAAAAAAAUGGUACAAAA